AUGACUGAAGCUAAGAGACAAAAGACUGCCGAUCAACCAGCUAGACCACAAAACAUUGGUAUUAAGGGUAUCGAAAUUUAUAUUCCUGGCCAAUUUGUUAACCAAGCUGAAUUGGAAAAAUUUGAUGGUGUCUCUACUGGUAAGUACACAAUUGGUUUAGGUCAAACCAAUAUGGCUUUCGUCAAUGAUAGAGAAGAUAUUUAUUCCAUGUGUUUGACUGCUUGUUCAAACUUGUUGAAGAAUUAUCAAAUUGAUCCAAAUUCCAUCGGUAGAUUGGAAGUUGGUACCGAAACUUUGAUUGAUAAAUCUAAAUCUGUCAAGUCUGUCUUGACUCAAUUGUUCCCAGGUAAUGGUGAUAUGGAAGGUAUUGAUACUGUCAAUGCUUGUUACGGUGGUACCAACGCUUUAUUCAACUCUUUAAAUUGGAUUGAAUCAAGUGCUUGGGAUGGAAGAGAUGCUAUCGUCGUCUGUGGUGAUAUCGCUAUCUAUGAUAAAGGUGCCGCUAGACCAACUGGUGGUGCUGGUACCGUUGCAUUGUGGAUUGGUCCAGAUGCUCCAUUGGUCUUUGACAGUGUUAGAGGUUCUUACAUGGAACAUGCUUAUGAUUUCUACAAACCAGAUUUCACUUCUGAAUAUCCUUACGUUGACGGUCACUUCUCUUUGAAAUGUUACGUUAGAGCUUUAGAUCAAGUCUACAAUACUUACUUAGCCAAGGGUAUCAAGAGAGGUUUAAUUGGUGAUGAAAGCAAGCCAUUGACUGAAUUCUUCGACUACAACGUUUUCCACGUUCCAACUUGUAAAUUAGUCACUAAAUCUUACGGUAGAAUGUUCUUCAACGAUUGUAAGAGAAAUAACUCACUAUAUCCAUCCACUGAAUCUGAAGAAGAUAUCAACAACUGGAAGAACAUGGAAUACGAAGAAUCUCUAGUUGACAGAGGUGUUGAAAAGAAAUUCGUCGGUUUAUCUAAGUCUCUAUACGAUGCAAAAGUUGCUAAAUCUUUAAUCGUCCCAACUAAUACUGGUAACUUAUACACCGGUUCCGUAUACUCUUCAUUAUCUUCAUUAAUUUAUUACGUCGGUAGUGAAAACUUGCAAAACAAAAGAAUUGGUUUAUUCUCUUAUGGUUCUGGUUUAGCUGCCUCAUUGUUCUCAUGUAAAGUCGUUGGUGAUUUGAGCAAGAUCGCCCAAGUACUAGAUUUAGACAACAAAUUGAACGUCAACAGAAAACAACAAACACCACAAGAAUACGAACAAGCUAUCCACUUAAGAGAACACGCUCAUUUGCAAAAGAAUUUCAAACCAACUGGUUCAAUUGAUUUGAUUGCUGAAGGUUCCUAUUAUUUGACUGAAGUUGAUGACAGAUUCAGAAGAUCAUAUGCUAUUAAAGAAUAA